CACAGUGGGAGAGUCAUGUGGGCCUUCUGAGCUUCCUGGUUCUCAGCUCCGCCUCGCGUCGAUCUGGCCGGACAGGGGGAAACACUUCUCAGUUAAGAACAAAAGCAACAACGGACGGACCGAGAGAGGGGGGGAAGGAAUAAACGGCGACUCAGAUUCAGCCUGUUUUCCCCAGGACUGCACCUUCGUGUCCUCGGUAGGAAUUAGCCGACGACCGAACUCCCGCUACAAACUUGGUCGCGUCGCAUCUUUGAAUCCUGACCGUAAUCCGUCGAGUUCUCUGUUGUGGUAUCCGCCUUUGUGAAGAGGCUGCACUCAUCUUUCAGGACUGAGAACUUGGAAGUGGAACAAAGCCUGACUGGGUGGCAGAAUCUGUUUUGAUAGCCCAGAUGGCAUCGCAUACCGAACACGAUGACAGAAAUGGACUGAUUGUGGAUGAAAAUGAGCUCUAUGAAGGCAAAGCAACAAAGAAAGACUGUGAAGAACGGGAUGAAUCAACACAAUCUCCCAAGGGAUUGCACCAUUCUGCCAGCUCAGCCGAAAGCAACGCAAGUAGUGUUGCUAGUUUCACCACUAAUCAUAAUUCUGUUGUGUGCCUGCCUUUGGUCUCAGAGGGACUGAAACUGGUGUGGACACAGUCUGAUCAGACCCGAGAACUUGACACAAUCCCAGAACUGGUCCACGCCUUUAACUUAUUUCCAUACCCAUCAUCCCGAGAGGUGAACACUCUGGCUCGGAUGUGUGCCUUGCCACUGGACAAAGUUAAAGUAUGGUUUAUGGUGCAGAGAAUUAAAUAUGGUAUUAGCUGGUCCUCUGAGGAGAUUGAGGAGACGCGGCGGAAGCUGGCAGUUCCAGAGCUUUAUGAUGGCUCCAUGGAAACAAAUGAAGAAGUCAAAUCAAAGAGCAAAAGCAAACAUUUGGAGGAAUUAGUCAUUGAGGACAAAGACAGUGAUGAAGAGGAGUGUGCUUUCAGUAGCUUCACCCCUCAGAUUAAGAAGUCAAAGUGUGAGUCACCAGAUUCAUAUAAAGCAACCAAAUCCACUGUUCCCUGUUUCAGUUCCACCCUCCCACCUCCUCAGGAUUCAUACUUCUACCACCCACCAGCAGACACAACAGCAAAUGCCACAGCUGAUGUCUCCCUUGAUCUUUCAGACUCCUCUUCAGGACAUCACCGCCAUGGACGCUACAAAAAAUCCAAAGCCCAGCUUGCUGCUCUGCGCAAAAGCUUUCUGAGAGAGAACUGGCCCGCCGAGGCAGAGCUUAGACGUUUGCAGGAAGAAACUGGGCUGAGCCGUAACGAUAUUCGGAAAUGGUUCAGUGACAGUCGUUACCAGCUGAGAGUCGGCCGGGGAAGCCUGGCAGCAGCCCAGAACAGCUCCCCGCAAACUGCUGUCGAAGGUAAACAAGAUCCACAGUCUCAACCACUUCCACUUGUUAAUCAAAAAUCACGCCAGAUCAACGGAACGAAAGGUCAUGAGGGAACACGAAAUAAUGGUAUUAGAAAUUCACAUUUCUUUCAGACUUUUUUGUCAAACAGCCUUGAAGCAUUUGGGGAAAGAGUCCUUGAGACACAAGGGCAAGAUGUUAUAGAAGAGCUUUCUGGAGAUGAGGGCAGUUUUCAAGAUGAGGAACAAAGUGAAGAGCAACCUUUACAGUUGACCAAGACCUGCAGGACUGAGCCAGAUGUUUCCCAAGAAUUAAAAUCUUCUCCAUAUUCCUCCCCCUCUGGCAGCCCACCACCGACUGCCUCCCCUAAUAAACCUCUUUCACACAGAUUCCGCACAUCAAAGAAGUCUGUGCAUUCAACCAGAACCAGCCCUUCACAGACACCUAUGAGCUUCUCAGGGGCUUCCACAUCAACGUCUCCAGCCCUUACUCCAGCAGGGCGACCGAGAAAGACCAAGGAGCAGUUGGAUGUGUUAAAGCAGCACUUCCUGCGGUGCCAGUGGCCCAAGAGUGAAGAAUACACUGAACUUGUUAAGCUUACAGGUUUACCUCGUGCGGAUGUUAUUCAGUGGUUUGGUGACACGCGGUAUGCGGUCAAAAAUGGCCAGCUGCGUUGGGUGAAGGGUGUCCGUGAUCAGUUCUUGGCAGAACUCGCUAUCCAGCAAAGUAGCAGUGGUUUCACUAAUGGAAGUGGGACGUCUACUCGGGGUGGCCGCAAACGGAAAUCUCAAACAAAUGGAACAAAUACAGACACCCCAGAUAUCCAGCCGUUGGUAACAUAUUACCUUUCAACAGGCGCACUACAGGAAAAAGACCUUGACUCACUAUGCAAGAAAUCAAGAAUGAGCUACCAGCAGGUGCGAGACUGGUUUGCAUCUCAGGAUGUUGGAGAGCCUGACCAAGAACCUGUGGUGGAUUGAGAACACUUUGAAAAAUGUUGGAGACCUCCACACAUCUUUCACCCAGCAGGCAUAAUUUUUUCCUGUGGUUUGUAUUGCUUUAAUAAAGACAGGUUUGUAAAAUCCAGUCUUCCCAGAGCAACCCCAAAGUGAGGUUUGUGAUUAUUGUUUUCUUCAUAUAUGCUGCAUUCCCUGCUUAUCCUAAUAUAUUUAGACUUGAAUUAUAUUUCUGCUGCCUAUGCUGCUUAAAAUAGGACAGUAACCUGUACACUGGUUUGCUAUAUUUUGUGAGCUUAUGUUUGUUAGAUAUCACUACAAAAAUAUUUUUAGUUUUCUAUUUGUAGCAGUAUAAUUUAAAUUGUUUGGUCUUUUGGUACAGAUGAUUUCCUGCUUCAGAAAAAUGUCAACAUUGAUGAAUUUGACUGAUUGGUAUGUGUAAUCAUUCCUUUUUAAUUCAGUUCUCAUGAAAAGCACACUGGACACGUACUUUAAAAUCGACAUGUUGCACUUUGGUUUUAAAGCCUGCUGCCGUUAUGUGUAUUAAAUCCAGUUAUUUUUACUAAAUAGCCAAUUAUUUCAACGUAUUUGCAUUUAAAACCACACAGUGUCAUGUUUAAGACAUUUCCCUGGAAGCUAUUAUCAUGCUUAAAUAAAUAGCAGGAUACAGGAAGUUACUUUUAUUGUCCACAGUGUGUUUCUGAAAGACAUUCCCUGAUUCCUUUUAAGUCACUCUUGUUUGAAUACUCUGCAUAUCAUUUCCAUAAAACUGCAUCUUUUCAGAAGUAAAGGUUUAACGUAGAUGGAGCAACCAUGUUAUCCUACAGAUGUCAGAAUUGCCAGCUUAGUUACUGAUUCAGUAUUUGUCUCUUUUGUCUUAAUAGGCAUAGGGUGUGAUUUCCUGGUUUGUAACAUAGAUGGGCAGAAGCUGGGGGUCCACAUGUUAUAUAAGUAGAAAUGGAUUCAAAGAAUAGUUCAAAUAUUUCAUUGUGAAUGAUGAUGGCACAAACCGUGAAGUUAUCAAUUCAUGUGAAACUGCACACCCUCACCUUUUUCUUCCUACUUUAUUUAUCUAGGAUGUCAUGGGCUGUAAAUGAUGUCAGAGUUUAGUUCCUUAAAACUGUCCACACAAAUGUUAAUCAAACUCAACAAACUCUUGGUUUUUCCCGUUAAGUCAUUCAAAAAUAAAUAAACUAUCAUGUGGGGACAAGUCCAUACAUGUAGCGUCUGGCAUGUGUUUUGAAAAAACAAAUCUCAUUUGCACAACCAUGUCACUGGAAACCAGUAAAAGAUUUGCAUUAA